AUGCCUCGCUAUCCUACUAUCCCCAUCGUCUCCGAAAGCGAGACAGACUACUCCGACACAGACAUCUCCAUUGAAGCCCGUUCCCCGCGUCGACGUACGUCAUUCAGAAGACGCUCUGUGUCCCGUCAGCGCCAGCCCGACUAUAGCAACUCCUACUUGAGCCCGGUCGUUCAAGACCUUGGUGGUCUACAGAGGUCUGCCUCGACGGGCGGCCGCCGACUGAACCACCGCGACCAUCACCGGGAGCCCCCGCAAAUCGUGGUGGAUAUCAACAACAACACCCGCGAUCGCAGCUCCAAUAAGGCCCGGCGUUCGCAGCCGCAGCUUGAGACAAGCGACUCAGAGGAGUCCGAGGAUGAAUCCAUGCUGCGGAAUCACCGACGGGCGAAAACUCAGGCCACAACCCCACGAGACUAUUCGCUGUGGGGUCGGGAGCCCGAACACCCUCAGCGGGACUACGACAUGCUCGUCGACCAGCGACUGCUACAGCGGAACGAUGCUCGACAAGACAUGGAGCUCAUGAAGCAGCAGGCAGAGAUUGAACGGUUGGAGCGGGAGCUCGCACGUCGUCGUGAGGAGCACGAAGCCCACAAUGACGAACGUCUGGAUCACCGUCACGAGCACCGUCUCGUCCGCGAGGAAGACUUGUGGUACGAAGACGAGAUCAGUGAGCGGAUGAAGCGACUCGAGCGAUUCGAGAAGAAGGAGCGAAUGGAAGAAGAGCGCUCUCGGGCUGAGUAUAACCUUAAGAUGAAGCGCUUUGAAGAAGCGGAGCGCGAAGCGGCGGAGCAGGAGGAAGUCCAGGCCAAGAUCCACGAAGAAAAGAUGAAAGAACUCCAGCUUCGAAUUGCAGAGGAGAAAGAGCGCGAGCGCAUUCAGGCCAAGAUACAGGAGGAGAAGCUCCAGGAGCUCAAGCGCAAGAUUGAAGAAGAUGAAGAAAAGGAGCGCAUCAAGCAGGAGAUUCGUGAAGAAGAGGCCAGGAAGCUCCUUCAGGAGCAGGAACGUGCAGCGCAGGAGGCUGCGAUGAAGGAGGCUGCUGUCGCGGAAUGGAAGGCCGAAGAAGAACGGCGGAUCACGGCUGAGCGCAAGGCCCAGGAACUCAGGGACCAUGAAUUCAAAGAGAGGCUUAGGAUGGAAUUUGGCUACGAUGAAGGAGCAAUCCAAGACCUCAUUGUCAAGAGCAAGACGCCAGAACAGCCUCCACCUCCUCCUGCUCUGCCGGCCGAGGAAGAAAAGAAAGAGGAGAAGGAGGAACAUCACCACCGCGCGACAUGGAUCAAGGUCCACCGCAAGCAUCUUAUCCCGGAUACGCUGAUGGCCUAUCGUCUGCCAUGGGACUGGGACGAGAUCGACCCCAACUACAUCAUCAUCAAACAGUGGAUCUCCGAGGACUUCCAGGAUGAGCUCUUUGCACACACUAGACGUCUGCGCGACGGUAGACUGGUCGCGCAGAAUUCCAGCUCGCUAACAGAGCUGAAGGUCAACGACCGGCAUAAGGACAAGAUGUACCUUGUACGGAAGAAGAGCCCUGGCCGUCGCUCGUGGAUCUUUACAUGA